AUUUGUUACUUUUCAGUCGGCUCAAGUCUGAUGCGUGAAAACCGAUGACGUCUCAACACAUUCCCAUUAUAUAUUAAAAAUAUUUUCAGUAGGAGCCGACCAGAAGAUUUUUGGAGGGGGGGCAGUAAAUAUUUGAAAAAAAAAAUCUGUCUAUGAUAAAGUUUGUCAUCGAGCUUCAAGAAAUGGCUGGAAAGAAGUCUUCUCUGCGGAAACAACAGCAUGGAGAGGAUGACGAUGAUCCCAUGAAGGACAAAACACAACCCAGCGGGUUGGAGUCAUGUUUGGAUCAACCCAUGGAUUCAAGCAGCAUCCAUGAAGUCAUCAAGUACAUACCAUCAUCGCUAUCAGACAAACAUUAUGAUGCUGAUACCACCGAACCAAUCAGCUGUGGUCUUCAGACAUUGGAGGAGCUGUUGUCAUGGAAACGGAGUGAGGCAAACCCCUUAAAUGUGGCAAUUGUCCCUUUGGCACCUCGGGAGCCUCCUUUGGCCAGGUGUCCACGACGGACCCUUGUAUCUCAUGAUAUGAUGGGUGGAUAUAUAGAUGACAGGUUUGCCCAGGGGACAAACUCAGAAGCUCCCUAUGCCUUCUACCACUGGCAGUAUAUUGAUAUCUUCAACUACUUCACACAUAAAUUGGUGACUGUUCCUCCAGUUGUGUGGACAAAUGCUGCACAUAAACAUGGAGUUGCUGUCUUGGGAACGUUCAUCACGGAGUGGACUGACGGAGCCGCUGUGUGCGAGGCCUUCCUGAAAGGGGAGGAAUCUUACCGAUCAGUGGCCGAUAAGCUCGUCCAGAUCAGUUGUUAUUAUGGCUUUGAUGGCUGGCUCAUUAACAUCGAGAACACCCUGAGUGAGGCUGCAGUGAAGAACAUGCCUUUGUUCCUGCGCUACCUGACAGACCAGAUGCAUGAGCGAGUCCCCGGUAGCCUGAUUGUGUGGUAUGACAGCGUGAUAGCAAGUGGACAGCUAAAAUGGCAGAAUGAACUUAAUGAGUCCAACAGGAUGUUUUUUAAUGCAUGUGAUGGUUUUUUCACCAAUUACAACUGGACGGAGCAGAGUUUGGAGUCGAUGAGCAACUACAGCAUGGUCCAAGGUCGCCAGGCUGACAUCUAUAUUGGGGUGGAUGUGUUUGCCCGAGGCGAUGUGGUGGGAGGCGAGUUUGAAACAAAUAAGGCUUUGGAAGUCAUUCGGAAGCACAACUUCUCUGCAGCUAUAUUUGCUCCUGGCUGGGUGUACGAAUGCCACGCUAAGAAGGAAUUUCGGAAGAAUCAGGACAAGUUCUGGUCUUUGCUGUCAGAAUACCUGUACAUCCACCGGCAAACAUCUCUACCUUUUAUUAGUUCCUUUUGCCAGGGCUUUGGGAAAUCUCUGUACUGGAGGGGACAGAAAGAGGUAAAAAAGAACUGGUUCAACCUGAGUGCGCAGGAGCUCCAGCCUUUGUACCUCAAUAUGGAGAUCAAUGAGGGAGGUUGGUGGAGGAGUCACGGCUGCCCAGAGGAUGCUUGGAACGGGGGCUGCUCACUGUUUCUCGAGGGCCUCAUUCCUGCUACUUACACAUUACCAGUUUGUACCAAGAUCUUCUCCCUCCAUUUACCUCUUGCAGCCAAGACCCUAGUAGUGUUCAUCUAUAAGCAAUCGAAUGGAAUCUCAGUCUCCCUGAAACUGAAUAUAACAGAUGUCAGUCUUUGCACAUAUGGGGACAUACAAGAUGUCAACUUUACUAGUGUGCUUCCUGUGCCGCUGGAUGAAGACCACCAGCUGGUGAGCCAGGUUUCAAAGAUAUGUGGUGGAUUAAAUCCAGGUGGAUGGAGUGUCAGGUGUUCACUGUUGGAGUUGCACGGUUGUGCUCUUCGUGAAGUCUGUGUCAAUAUCCAGCGGGAUGGAGAGCCCAAAGAUACGCCCUUCAGCUGCAGGCUGGGAGAAAUCAUGAUCUUGGAUGCAGCCAGUCUUCAGAUGCCCACUGAGCAGGUUCAGGGUUUGUGCAUUUAUGACAUUGUGUGGCUACGUGGUGUUGGUCCGUCAUCAGAAUCUACCUCCCCCCUUCUACAUCUCAAUGCCACCCUACACUGGGACUACCCUGCUGAGCUUGUGCGGCACUACAGAGUGUACUGGCGACGACUGAGAGGACAUGAUCCCCGAGUCCCAGCAGGUCAGCUGGGCUUAGUGGCCCGGGCAUACGGAAAUCUGUUUAGGGUGACAGAACUCGUGGUCCCAGAGCCCCCCUGCCUGAUAGAGCUUGUGGUUGAGCCGGUGACCAAGAAGGGCUUCCCAGUCCCUGAAAGCUACUGGGGAAGAAGACGUCUCAGCUACACAGAGGACCAGAUGGUGAACAUGUGAAUAGCAUCAGGCUGCUUCUCCUGAGCUUCAUAUUAAAUGAUGCUACAAUACAAUAACUUACCUCUGACUCGAAACACAAGGUGAUGGUACGUGUAAGCAUAUCAAGACAGUAAAGGCUAUAGCAAGGUGACAUUUGACCACAGUGACCUUGACCUUCACUCAAUUGAGUGACCUCUGGCUGACCUUGCCAGGGCAAUUCUGUAAUCCACCUGUGUGCACCAUGUUUGGGCCAAAUUGGGUUGAAAAUCAAAUUUCUUGACCUUAACCUUUGCCCAAACAAAACUUUUAAUGCCAAUUUUGGAGCCAACUUUCAAUGACAUAGAAAGAUACAACACAAACAAAUGUUUCUCUAAUUAUAGUAGCAUUUCAGUAUUUUUUUUUAGUUGCCUUUCUCUUUGGAUUAAUUUUUUUCUUGGCUUAAAUGGCAAGAGAAAAAAUUGAAGUGCUUCUGAAUGACCAGUUAUUUGCACCUUGAUUUGUUUCAGGAACAAAUCUUGAAUCUUGACCAAAAAAAAAAAGUCCCUGAUAUGAAAAAGAUCUUUUGCUUUAAAAUGACACAUGUUG